GGCGGAGUACGCUGUUGCCACCCAGCGCCAUUCACACGCGGACGGUCGCGCUGCCAACAUGCCCACUACACGAAGCAGCGGACGAAGGAAGGCCCCUGAGGUCACAGAGGCCCCAGCACCCAAGAGAGGAAGGAAAUCUGCCAAGUCCAAGAAAGCAGAACCAGAGGCCCCCAAGGAAGAACCUGAGGCAGUUGCAGAAGUUGAAGAGAAAGAAAAUGAGCCAGCAGCUGCCAACACAGAUGAAGUACCACAAGAGAAUGGGCAGAAUGGUGUAGAAAAGGAGGAGGAAUCAGUAGAGGAGGAGGAGGGUGCAGCAACAGAGGAAGAACCUGCUGCAGAGGAGGCUUCAAAAGAGGAGGAAGCAGCCCCUGCAAAAGAGGAGGGAGCACCUGCCAAAGAGGAAGAAGCCCCUGUAGAAGAGAAGGAGGAAGAAGAGGCAUCAAAAGAAGAGGAAACAAAAGAAGAGAAGGAAGAAGCUCCUGCUCCACCUCCAACCAAAGGACGUGGCCGCAAACCAAGGAAAGUUGCUGUAGAACACUGCAAAUCUUGAAGUGUUUUCAAGCGGAAUGCUGUUCAACUUACGAAUGGCAUCCGCGAAAAGUUCCCCGAAGUUGAGGUGGAACUAAAUGCUUCAAAACCCCGCAGCAAAAGCUUUGAGAUCACAGUCACUUUUGAUGAUGGGGAAUCAGCACUGGUGUGGUCUGGAAUCAAGAAGGGACCCCCAAGAAAGGAAAAGUUUCCUGAGUUAAAGGUUGUCUUGGAAGAGCUUGAGAACCAAAUGUAAUUGGGACGGACUGUCAUGUAGGAGUGUAGUUUAUAUUGCUGUCCCUGUUAAGAGAUACUUGAAACUAAAGGAUUAAUGUGAUUCACCUCAGAAAAAAACAAUCUGAUGUUAGUGUUUCUAAUUAGGAAAAUUAGUCAAGUUUUACCAAGUAGACAUUAUUGUUGUUCUCUUUUAAUAAGUUUAUUCAGAUUUUUUUCUUUAGGCUUAUGAAAGUAAAACAAAAACUAACUGAUUAACAGGGACUUCCUGGAAAAAGUGGGAAUGACCUGGGUCGUGUUGAUGUAAGGAAUCAUUCUCCUUGAUUGUUUUCUAUGAAGGUCUGAAAGCAGAAAGCCAUUUGGUUGCUUAAGACUGGAAGCCCAUGAACAAACAGAGAGAGUGUAGAGCUUUUCCUUGGCCUUUCCAGGACUCCCACUUUUCUUGUUAUAAACUCGCUCUUUGUCCCUACCUCUUUUUUUUUUUUUAUGACAUGUACAAAGUUCCCUGGAGCAGGCAGAGGCUUUAGGUUGUAGGUUGUUGCCCAAUUUAUUCACUGCCAAGCGGAGAAUUGAAAAAUAGCUUUCAAAGCAUUAUGGAUUUUUUUUUUUUUUUUUUUUUUUUUACUGGGGAGGGGGGUGACAUAGGUAUAAUGUUUUCUAAUUUUUAUUGUUACUAAUAAACAAUAUUACUGUUAUUUUCUUCUUUAUACCCUGCCUACUCCAGUGUGCACUGCAAAUAAGCCCAGCUCCCCAUUUUUGGAGGAAUUAGAAUUUCACAUUUUUCCCCUUCAUUAAGAAAAACAAAAAAAAAGAAAGAAAAAAAAUGAUCUCGUGAUUUGUAUCAUUUGUGUCUAAGGUCAUAGAAAUGUUUUCUAUGCUGAUAUGUAGCUCUUAAUUUUAUUAUCUUUAAAAAUGUAAUUUCAUAUCUUGAUUUUCCAAUUAUUUCAUCUUGCACCUUUUAAAGGAGAUCCACAAUAGUGGUGCUAAUUGUCUUUUAUCUGAAGUUGAUUGUGUAGCUAGAACACAUUUUUAUGGCUUUUGCUCAAAUUUAGUAUUAUUUUAUUAUCUCUGUCUACCUGCUUCUGUAUUUUUAGAGAAAAUAAACUUAGAGAUAAAGAA